AUGAGUAAACGAAAUUCUUCAGAGUCGCAGGACGAACGGCGAAAGAAACCACAGGAAUAUAUGAACGACUAUCUUUCUGACAAUAAUAACGAUACCAGGUCCCAAAACUCAACCCGGGAUAACGGAUCGCAGGCCUCUAGAGAUAACGCCUCAUCGCUUCCCAACAGCAACAACAAUAACAAUAACAAUACGAAUAACGAUGACCGCUACAUUCCUUCCCGGGAUUUUGCUCCACAACAUCGAAUCUCUGCUUCUGCGUCCUACGUCCCGCGUCCAAGAAGCGGUACCAACUCUGGCAGUAAUAACAAUAAUGACGACGGCAACUACUCCAACACGCAGGUAGUGCCCAAUACACAACAGCCGUCACGGUCCAAUUCUGCAGCCCAUUCUACGGGCCACAGGAGCAGAGCCCAGAGCUCACUGUCCAACUCCAACAUGAACAUUCGAUCGCUUAGGUCAAACACAAAUGAAUCGGGUCAGAAGGAUGAAAUCGAACAGCCAACCGCUACUGACGACCCGCGUGAUACGGAUGUACCGCUCAAUAUCAAGCCCAAGACCCUAUAUCAAAACCCACAAACCCCCACGGUUCUUCCUUCCACUUACCAUCCCAUCAAUACAUGGACUACGCUCAAGCAAACGUACUUGAAAGAGUUCCUUGCAGAGUUCGUAGGCACUCUGGUGAUGAUCUUUUUUGGAUGUUCCGUUAUCUGCCAGGUAAGGACUGGUCAGCAGCAACAGAGGGUUGUAUUUCUUAAGGAACUGGCGGGUUCGUCAGAUAUCCCAGCUGAGAAUAAGAUCUCACUGUUACAGUAUCUGGUGCCAGUCGAUGUUUCGGGUACAUUUGACGAUAUCGCUUUGAUCUGGGGAGGUGCUGUUGUCAUGGGAUAUUUUGCAGCUGGUGGCCCUGCCCUUUCAGGUGGACAUUUAAAUCCCGCUAUUACCUUGAGUAACUGCGUCUACAGAGGGUUUCCUUGGCGUAAAGUGCCCAUUUACUGGGCUGGACAAUUACUCGGUGCUUACGUCGGUGGUUUGGUGGUGUUCAUGUACUAUAUGCCUGUGAUCGAGUAUGUUUAUCCCGAUUGGACUGGCAACGAGACUGUGUUGAGCAUGUUCUGUACUUUCCCCCUCGAAUACCUGUCACCUUCUCGUCAAUUUGUCAGUGAGUUGGUGUCCGGCGCCAUUUUACAAAUCUCAAUGUUUUCGCUGACAGAUCCCUACACUUGUUUGAGAUCCGAUUUAUUUCCACUUAUGCUGUUUGUGCUUAUUUUUUGCUUGAUCGGUGCCAGUUCUCUGCAAACUGGUGCAGGGUUGAAUCCUGCCAGAGAUUUGGGUCCUCGUUUGGCUUUAGCAACUGUAGGUUAUGAUGGGAGAAUUCUCUGGAAGGGUCACCAUCAUUACUUCUGGGUGCCUAUUGUAGCGCCAAUGGUAGGAGUCUUACUCGGAGGUGGAAUUUACGAUAUUUGCAUCUACCAAGGUCACGAAUCGUUUUUGAACUGGCCAUGGUCAUUGGUUAAGAGUAAGAUCAAACGAUUAUGGAUAUUCCGCCCUCGUUUUUAUAGAAGAGAAAGGGACAACAACACAGAUAAUGAGAGUGAUUGGGAUUACGACAAUGAGAGCGGUCAGCAAAGUCAACACGAUUCUGAAUAUGAUGAAAGUCCAAAGACAGGGUUUUUCCCCGAGUCUGACGCACAAAUACAGAAACAGGUUCAAUUCAAAAGCAUGUCGAAGAAUUUCAAUGGCAAGAGAAACCCCGUUUCUGGAAUUCCAACGAUUUUCGAAGAGGGCGGUGACAAUGAGGAAGAUGACGAGAAUGAUGAAGUCGGAGAUUUACCAGCAGACAACAAACAUCGCAGGCCGUCUUUAUCAAAGAAUAAAAAUAGGUCUAGCGAAAGAAAAGCUAAGCGGAAUUAA